UUGUAUGGGAAGUGGACUCAAGCCCCUCAAAUGCUAAGCAGCCAGGUUCUAGGCUGGCACAAGGCUAGGGCUAUUAAUCAACCAGUGAGUCUUCUGCAUGGAAGCCUUGGGUCCCUGCCAGCAUUCUGGAGCUCCUAGACUGAAGAUAGAUCCUGCCCCCUCCCUCUCUCCGUCUCUUGUACCUAGCUUUCAGGCCAGAAGAGGGCUCUGUGGUUCCCCCAGUGAAGAGGGUGGCAUCAAGGCGGGGAAUUCAAGCUUAUUAAAAGGAGGAGACAAGAGCCCGAACUUCAGAGAUAGGGACUUGGCUGAAGUAGGCGCCCAGUGGCUGUAGUAACCUAGAGAAAGAGGGAGCCAGAGAGAGACACACACACACACAGAAACAGAGACAGAGGGAAAUAGGGACAGAUCACAGGAGAGGGAGAGAGAGACAAGGAGGAAGGGGAGAAAAUAGAUGCAGUGAGAGAGGGAAAAAAGGAGAAGCUUGCAUUUGGCCGGGGGACCUUACACUUCUCCAGAAGCCCUGGCUGCUGACAGGAUGGACAGAGGAAAACCAGCAGGGAUGCUACUGGCAAGAAGGCACAGACCUUAGGAUUCUGCAGGUGCCCUCAGUGGUCAUCCACACCCAGCCAACCUUCACUGCAACUGAAAGAGGUGCAGAAGAAAAGCAGAAAAGGGAAAUCAUUCUAGAUCCCCUCUUCACCAUCACCCCCCACCUGGAGACAACCCCUCCUUCCACGUUGGAGCAGGCCAGGUUUGGGUCCAGUCCUCCUGUCCCUCCCAAAGAUGGGGGGUCUCUGGUGGACCUCACCAGUGUUCGGAGGGUCCUGCCCAUCUGUUCCUGAGGGGGAUCAUGUUCCUUAGGCAGGCAGGUGCGCCCCUCCGAAGCCACCCCAAGCUGAAGCCAAUGGCCAGGUGCCCAAUGGAUUCCUCUUUCCUGGGUCCAAGCUUUGUCCUUGGUGGAGACUCGGGGUGCUUGGAGAGGAAGUGCAGGGGCCCCUUCUGGAGGGCUCUGGGCUCUGGGAUGGCCACAGCUGUUCUUCCCAGCUGCUGGCUCCUGUUUGUCUUUCUGGGGCUUCUGGCAGCCGGCUCCUGUGAUGGCUCAGUUGAGUCGGAGAGACACGGAAGUAGACGGGAUCCAGAGAAGCAAUCUCAGUGGAAUGACUUUCCCAUGGAGCAAGGGGUGAGCAGCGGCCCUCUGCCAGCCUCUAAUGACCUGGAAGCCCCUGUCACCGAGAAGCCCCGAAGCAUUGACCCCAGGGAUACCUGGAUGCUCUUUGUCAGACAGUCCAACAAAGGGGUCAAUGGAAAAAAAAGGAACACUGGGAAAUCCAAAAAAUACAAGCUUGGGCUCCCUGGCCCUCAGGGCCCCCCGGGGCCUUCCAUCCCACCUGAGGAUUUAUUGAAGGAAUUCCAGCUGCUACUGAAAGGGGCGGUAAAGUAUCGGGAGAAGAUGAGCCUGAAGCCUUGUGAGGACUGUGGGGGCCAGGAAGCCGAGGCUGAGGAGGAGGAGAGGGUGGCCGAAGAGGACGACGUCCUGGCUCUGGUAACCGGGUCCCUGGCACAGAGCCACAGACCUCACCGGGUGGAGGCUGCCUUCCACUGCCGGCUGCGAAAGAACAUGUCCAUCGAGCGGCGAUCCUUCCAGGAACUGCAGCAAUAUUACCUGCCUGGAAAAGACGGAUCGUUUCACCGAGGUCUGGGGCUGAACCUCACCAGCGGUCAGUACACAGCCCCCAUCACUGGAUUCUACACAUUCGCUGCUACCCUGUACAUUGUGCACGGUGGGGACCAUCAGAAGAAGGGGCAGCCUCGGUCCCGGGACCGCCUGCGGGUGCUGAUCUGCAUCCAGUCUCUGUGCCAGCGUAACGUAUCUCUGGAGGCUGUCACUGGCCUGGACAACAGCAGCGAGCUCUUCACCGUCUCAGUGAGCGGAAUCCUGUACCUAGAGGCUGGCCAGUAUGCCUCCGUCUUCAUAGACAACGCUACUGGAUCGUCUCUCAUCAUCCGCAGUGGUUCGAAUUUCAGCGCUGUGUUCUUAGGGGUAUAAAUUCCUCGAACCCUAGAGUGACUCCAGUGUCUUCAUCUUCUUUCCGCUGUAACCUGAAGUCAAGAAGUUUUCCUGGGGAAGGAGCCAAACUUCCCGGUUUAGGUGCCACCUAGCCAAAGGCUGCCAAACUUUCUGACCUCUCUCCAAGAUGGCCACCCCACCUCACUCCAGAGACAUCCUCUACAAGAUGGUGCAUCAGGGGCUGAUCGGUCGAAUACUUCAAAGAAUAGAAAAAUGAGCGAUCUAUGUAUGAAGACUGUUCCCCUAAGAAAACAGGAGGUACCUGUGUAAUAUUUGUCAUGAAAAACUUUUUUUGAAUCAACUUCCUGGAAACCUGGCAUAUAUUGAUUUCUGGUUGGACUAGCCCUUCUAACUUCUCUGUAAAUUCCCCAUCUUGCCUUGAGAGCUGAUAGGUUCUGGCUGCACAAUCUAUCUGCUGAAUAGCUGCCAAAUGCCUUAAAGCUACACUCUCCUCCCUUGACCUCAAAAUUUAAUCAAGGUAAUUUUGGUUAAUGUGGGAGAAGUCGUACUCGCAUUUUCCAUCUUACAGUUGAAAGAUCUGUCACCCCACCCAAAGCCAUGGGUUCAGUUAACUCAAUUCCUCGCCUCCCUGAGGAUGAAAGUGAAGUUGGUUUGUGUGGGGCAUCCAGGUGAAGAGAGGGGCCAGAUGUUCACCAGCACUCCUGCUUGAGGGAAGGGGAAGAAGCUACAUGCUCCUGUUGCUUACUAUCCUGCACGCUCAGAGUCAGUCCUCACAUGCACUGGUCCUGCCCAGUGAAGCCACAUGUGGGAAUGUAGGGCCUUGCUACUGGUCACCCCACUCACUGCUUUUCCUCUUCCCUGGAGAUUUCUCCCUCCUCACCUGUGUCUUAGGUCUGUCUACAGAACCCACAAAGAUGGCUGACAGCCCUGAGGGUCAAGAUGGUUUUUCCCUCUUCACUAACUGAAAAGAUGACUUCUCCCCAUCCCCUUUAAGAAGCUGAAUCACUGUGGGGCUUGAUGCAUCAGCUGGGAGGUCAGGCUUCUUACACAAACUGUGUUUGGAUCAUAACCCUGGUGGCUCAAGAGCUGAACACCCAAGAUGAAGGUCUCCUUCUGGUAUCAACUUGGCCCCAUCCAACCCUUCUGCUUUCUUGUUGGCUUGGAAACUACCACUGGGAAGCAUUUCUUCAAACAACCCAACCUGGCUGGCAAUCUGGACAUCAGGUGGGAGGUCAACAGGCUUGCUGAUGCAGAGCUGGAAGGGACCUUAAAGUCUAACCCUUCCCCUUAGGAGGGACUGAGACCCACAGAGGCAAGGACAGGUCACCAAUCUAGUAAGUGUUGGCCAGUCCAAUAGGUGGGGCAGCUUUAUAGUGUGUCCCCAUGGGGUGGUCCUGCCAUUUCUCUAUAAUGCCCAGAGGACAGUUCAAUCUCCCACCACGAAGAACAACGGACCUUCACAGGUGGCUCAGCUUGACUGGCUGCACACUGCACCUAGUUUUCCUCUCAGGUCUGUCUGAUCCUGACUCGGAAGAAUGUUGACCCAAGUACAGAACUGUCCCUCAACAGCUCCUUUGGCCCUUGUAUGGCUUGGAGCUGCUGGCUGGGAAUGUCAGAGUCAAAGCCCAGCAGACCUGAGGGAGCCUGCUGGGCAUGACCUCUAAGGACUCUGGGAGGCCUUGAUCAGUCAGUCUGCUUAGUGGGUAUGUGAAGAAGGCUAACGUUAGGUAGCUUUGAAAGUUUAUCCUCUUUCCUCCCCACCCCCAGAAGUGCCAAAGAAUGAAAAUACGAUAGACAGCUGCAGUGAACCUCUGAAGUACAGCGACCCCGAUUUCUCAGUAAAACAUGUACCCACCCUACCUGGAAAGGGUAACAGGCAAUUAAAAAAAACCUUUUCCCUUCUGAUAAGGAGGCAAGGAGGCCAAACCCUUCCUUAGAUGAAUGUUUCCAACAGACGCACGCCAAACAGCUAGACCUUCCCUUGGAAAAACCCAAACGCCAACUUCAUUCUCAUCACACUCUACCGGGUAAUACGUUCUAUAGAAACGUAUUCAUCGUACAGUGUUGUCAAGUGGAUGAUGUUUAUGUGACUGCUGUUCUGUGUGGGUGCUGGGAUGAGUGCUUGAGAACUAACCGUGGAAAGCAGGGAACACCGAGGAGCAUGGCCUCUUCCAGAGCUCCCGAACGACGGAGGAGACAGACGAUGGCAGAGGCGGGGCCUGCAGGGCUUUGUCCCAGGACACUGAAACGGGGCCAGGCACUUAGCCCACCUAUACGUGGCCUCUGCAGGGCUCUGCCCCCACCCCACUUCCCUGCCUCCUCCCACCAGAACUGGCCCCCGGGGCUGCAAGGGCUAGUGAAGGCUGUGGCUAGGCCAGAGCUGACGCUCUGAAGGCAGCAGAUUCAAGCCUGCUUCUGCUCCUUGCUCUGAAAAGACUGAGCCUCUGGGAAGUAGAAAGACAGGGAUGGGUAACACCUCUCAAGCAUGACGUCUGGGUUGUGUCUUUUUCUGCAUAAAGACACAAGUUAAAUAAAUGUAACGUUAUUUCUUCACUGACUGGCUGUAUUUUUGCCUGAGGAGCUUUCUCCCCAAUGCUAUGAUUCACGCUAAGAGAAUGCUGAGAUUGUUAGCCCCAGGCUUUGGUCCCUAUUUUCUUAGGCACCGAAUAGAGACGGGGGCUAUACACAAACUACUGAAUUCUUAGGAAAAGGAUGUCUGAAACUCUGCUCUGAGAUCCUUCCACUCACGAGGAUUCAGCAGACUGAGCCCAGCCAUGCCAAGGGCCGGCUCGUUUCUCUCCCUGAUGUGUGGGGGGCUGUGGAGACAGAGGUGAAGAAUAAGAGGGCUGAGGAUCUCCCAGCGUUGGGGACACUAGCAGGACACGGGCCCAGGCAGAGAAGGCUGCAUGGAGGCGGUGACCCCUGAACAAAGCCAGAAGAGAAGGAUGGGAAAAGGUGGGGACAGGCACCUAUUCUAGACACACGGUCACAGUCCCUCUGAACGCUCAGGACACAGGAGGUGUGUCCUGAGGGCGCCUUGUGGACUCCCUGUGACCUUGCAGGCCACUGAAGUGCCUCAUAUGCACCUGUGUCUCUCCUGCUCUGUCCUCAAAGCCUAACUUCAGGGCCUCCUUCAUCUAUCCCUGCCCACUCCCCACACGUUUGACCGUCCAGCCUAAAAUGCUUUUCUAAACCCAAGCCCAGGAUGGAAACAUUUUAAUCUCUUACAAUGUUUUGAUCUCAAUUCUGUUAUCCAUUGUGUUAGCUACCCCUUCCAACUCUGUGCCAUCGGCAAACCCAUUAAACUUUCUAUUUAUGCCUUCACUGAAAUUACUAAUAAAACGAGCCUAGCCUUACACCAGAAACCCGCUCUCGGGCUGAUGGCGAGCAUUCAUUGACACCCUCUCAGUCUACCAAAAUCAGCCUACUAGGGUUCCUUUUAUUUGCUACAGAAGGACAACACUUGGCUGGCUGGAGGGUCAGGACCAUCCCUUUGGGAACUUCAGGGUUUCUCCCUCAGGUGCGGGUUUGAGGAGUCUACGCUGAAAUACCAUGCGACAUUUAGCUAAAAUCUAUAGACUAUGCCAUGAAGUGAGCUAAGCAGGUUAGAAAAAACAAACGAACAACCUUUAUUUACAACCACAGAGCCUGGCAGAAUACUCAGAACACAGAAUGCGCGCGUGUGAACCCA